AUCAUGCAUAAGAACAGCCCUUAGCUGUGGUAUAUUUGCCAUGUACCACACCUCCUCAGACCUUAUUGCUUAAGUAGAGCCCACUGUCUGGAGACAUAAUUAUUCUGUCUUUAUUUACAGAGUAUGACAAGCUCCUCCAACUCCUGAGCAAACAGUGGGACGGGGGUCUUUCCGGGCAGGAUGACGAUGAUGAGCUGCAGUCCAGUACUGAAACAUGAGUGACUUCUCAAGCAUUCUAUGGACAGUUUUUGGAUGGGGACAACUUAAGAUGAAGUCCUAUCCUGACUACAGCGCUGUCUACAGGCCCGGUGAGGAUUCAAUGCACUGCUAUGGGCUUCAAGCUCUACUGCUCUCUCAAGUACUAUAUCAGCUACAUGAAGACCAGCUGGCACUUCAAGGAGAGUAGGAUUGACCAGUUGGAGAGGUGUACGCCUGGCAGCAGUAUGCAGAAGCUGUGGGUCGAGGUCUUUGCGCCCACGGAGAACGAUAAGGGGAAGUACACUCUGGAGAUGUUUGAUGGUCAAGAAAAGCACACCAGCUCACUAGACCUAUCUGGACAAGGUUAGCCUGACCAGUCUGAUUCACUCAAAAAGCGGUAAACACUAACACAAACAAUUGCAGGUACUAUUUUCUAUCACUAUUCUCCAAUGGACAAACAGAAAACUGUUCUAUAUUCAAUAUUAAUGAGUUGACAUAUAGUAUGGUGAUGGAUCUGAAACCAUUUGCAAAUGGUUGCUGAGCAGUUGCUGAGGAAAGUGAGUAGCAUACUCGUUCAUUGUUUCUUCAUUUUCUGUACACUGGAAUGAUUUAAUGAGCUUCCUAUGGAUGAUUCAAGGGAGUAAAUGUCCUUCUCGUUGCUUUAGAUCGGGCCAGGGUGACCAAGGGGCUACCAGAUGUGCUGGCUAUCAUGGAGAAUAAAGUAGGCUAACUACUAAAUAAUACUGUCCUAUUACGUGGUUACCAUGUUCACUGGCACUUCAUUAUCCUUUUACGUCCAAUUUUUGUAAUUGUACUGUUAGACCAAUGAGUAGAAGUGCUGAUCUAGGAUCAGUUUAGCCUUUUAGAUCAUAAUGAAUACAAUUAAAUGGACAGGGGGAACUGAUCAUAGAUCAGCACCUUCUCCAAUACAUGACAUGAAAACAACGUUGAUUCAACCAGUGUGUGCCCAGUGGGAUGUGUUUGUGUGGUUGAGCCAGUUUGUUUUCAUGGGGUUAAAUUGGAGUUAAUGGGGAGUGAAAUGCUAGAAGCGGUUAAUUUGUGGCAUUGGGAUGUAAAGCAAUGACUAAGAAGUUACUUGUGCUAGACGGAAUGCGGUCAAUUAGGACAAUGUGAGGUCCAGUCAAACCUGCAACAACCUGUUUUCUUGUGUCAUUAGACUACCAAUAAAUAUCCCAAGAGUGUCAGCUACAAUUGUAUGAUGUCGCCCCUUUCUUUCUGGAGUAAUUUCAUAAUAGGACGUGAGCAGGGGCUAGAAAGCUCGGAGGUAGGAUUCAUUGGCCAAGGCCAGCACGUUAAAUGUUCAUUUCAUGUCUUGAUAGCAGCAGACUUGAUGCCAAUUGCAAUUAUCUCCCAUGUUGUAUUUCACUAGAGGUGUCAUGUUAGUCAUGUACACGGAGCAGAUUUACAUAGGUGCACGACACAUCAAGUGCGUUUUUCUACAUCAACCUAAUUUAUGCUCUGACCUCCCUGCUGUAAUCUCACUAACUCAAGAGUCGGCACCUGCAGCUCAAGUCGGUCUAUUCGCCUGUUAGCUUUCCACAUAGAGCGUUUGUCAUAUCAUGUGUCUCUGCAAUCGCUUCUAAGAAAGCUGCUAAUAAAGUAAUUUGAUUUUAGUGGCUUGACACCGUUUCAUUCACCUCAACAUGCUUCUGAUGUCAUUGUGUGCUAGAUGUCUGCUAGAGUGAUUCGUAAUUCAAUGAUUAUUAGAAGCAUCUCAUAAAAGUGCGGGGAAAGUAUUAUGCAAGCAAAGAGUAGCUACAAUAUGUCUUCUGAACUGAUAGUAGAGCUAUUGUCCAAGGUGUCAUUCACCCAUUGCCUGGCUAAACAGUGGAGUAGAUUUGAACACUGUUUUUUAGGAAGAUUCCACAGGACAUCAGACCUGGGUUCGAAUACUAUUCAAACAGUUUCAGAGUUUGCUUUAUCCUGCCCGGAGAGCCAUGUGGCCUGGUUUGCACUUUUGCACUGAUUUUAUCGGUUCCAUUGUGCUAGGCAAGCUCGAUAAAGCCCAGCUAAAGUAUUCAAAAUGAUUUCAUAUAGCAAUUUAAACACAGGUCUGUAUUUAGGACAGUAUUGCAGUAAAGUGCUCAGAAACAAACUUGAGAUCUGCGUGUCAGAAGUUUCAGAAGCCAAUCUAUUGGGAUGAGUAAAACCCAUGCAUAUGUAAUUUUAUGGCUCAGACAUAACGUACUCUUCCCCAUCUCAAGACAACUGGAAGUUGGGAUCAUGCCAGACAGAGAUGUAAGCGAACUCUGGGUUGUUCAAACAAUGGGGGACAUUACUUCAGAGGCUGUGUUACUGAUUAGACACAGAUGCACAGAGCGGAGCCCCCUCUACCUGCUGAUAUAAGUAGCUGUGGGGGACGCAGUGCCAUCUCUACAUUUGUGUUGAGCUUCGCACAGCUGUCUCAGGCUCCUAUUGCCCAUCUUGGUGAAGGAGAAGAAACCGGACCGGUACAGACACAGACAACAUGGCCUUCAGUGGAACGUGGCAGGUGUAUGCGCAGGAGAACUACGAGGAGUUUCUCAGGGCCAUCUCCCUCCCAGAAGAUGUUAUCAAGCUGGCCAAAGACAUCAAGCCCAUCACUGAGAUCCAGCAGAACGGCAAUGACUUUGUCAUCACCUCCAAAACUCCUGGCAAGUCCGUCACCAACUCCUUCACCAUCGGCAAAGAGGCCGACAUCACCACCAUGGAUGGCAAAAAGCUCAAGUGCACUGUCAGACUGGAGGGAGGAAAGCUGAUGUGCAACACAGAUAAAUUCUCCAGCGUCCAGGAGCUCAAGGGAGGAGAGAUGGUUGAGACGCUGACAGUGGACUCUACAUCACUCAUCAGGAGGAGCAAAAAGUUGUGAACCUGGAAUGGUAGCAGGCAGGGGGCGGUCCUUGGCUAUUUAAAUAAACUUGCUUGACAUAAAA